AUGUUACGAAUUAACGCAAUUAAUGUUAAAGAAUAUGAAACAGCGACAAAAUUAUUUGAAAUGGUACCUGGUGAUGUUGAUUGUUCAUUACAAGCUGCUAGUUUUAAUUAUAGUAAACCAUUAUUUUAUAAAAAUGAACGUUUUCCUCAGUCGAAAACCGAUGGAGAUAUAUUGACUGAAAUGAUUACAUGUACUCGAAAAUCUGGAACGAUUACAAUGACUGGUAAUUAUAAUAAUGCCGUUAGUCAUAUUUCUAUUGGUCAAAUGAUGGGAAAAAAUUGA